AUGUCAAUAGAAUCCAGUGAACCUGGUUCAGUGUUUAACCUGCAACGCAAUCAGAUUACCGAACAUCGCCAGAAAAGAAAACGAACCACAUAUACGUUACAUCAGCUUAAUAAACUAGAAGAACUAUUCAAUACUACGCGGUACCCAAAUGAAAUACUAAGACAACAACUGGCUGAAACUAUUGAAAUUGACCCAUAUCGUGUAAAGAUUUGGUUUCAAAACCGAAGAGCAAGGCUGCGUAAUGAUUUGAAUCUACAAAAUUACCACAACAAGUUGCAGAACUGGCGAAUGAAUAAUAUUGAAGCGCAAGCCGAUUUAAGAGGUAACCUCGUCAACAUUUAA